AUGUUUGGAGAGAGCGGUUGUCGCGGUAUAACUGUGCGAUUUUUCACGAAGGAGAGGGGAUUCACCGAAAAUAAUUCUCAGGAAUUCAGACCGUCUGUGGGGCACCUUCAAAAUAGCUUUUUACCAGGAAAAGCGUUCAUCCCACCCAUUUCCUGGAAAGAGCCGCGUGAGGUAGUUAUUGCAAUUGCAGGCGACCAUUUGGCUGAUGAUACAGCCUUCCGAAUUACUCGCCGUGUUCCCCCACACCCGCAGCCCAUCCCCAGGACAUCCACGAUCGGCCGCUUAGGCGGGUUCCUUGCAGAGUGGGCUUUAUUGGAUCUGAACAUUCCACGAUGA